AUGUUCCUAAUGAAGGAGUAUCAUUUGCUCAACAUAUUCUCCAAAUGUUCCCCCACUUGUAUUAAACGAUCAAAACACGUCUUCACGACACAAUCAAUCACACGCAGACUUCACACUCUUCAUAACCCUAAAGCCGCGAGUCCGGAAAGGAAGGAGGAGUGGUUACACCGAAAAGUCCGACCCAAAAAAGGUGAUAGUGCCAGUGCCAGUGCCAGUGAUAGUGCUAGUGUCAGUAUUGGUGUCAGUAUUGGUAUAAUUAUCGUAUAUUUUGACGAAUUGUUCGCUAAACGGAUCAUUUUGGUCAAAAUGGGUAAAUCAAAUGCAGAAAAUUAG